AUGGCGGACACCUGCACGACGACCGACCGAGUGCGCAGCUUCGUCGCCAGAAGCGCCCACACGCUCGACCACUUCAAGCAACCGGACUUCGCCGCCGCCCACGUCUGCCUGCUGCUGUUCGUGUUGGCGCUCAACUUGCCGAUCACCGUGGUCGGCUACCUGCGGAGUGCGGCCUUCGGCGUGCAGAUCCCCGGCGCCAUCAUCUUCGGCAUCCUCUGCGACACGUACGCUCGCCCCGCUGCUCUGUUGGCGUUCCUUACAUGUCUCACGUAGUGUCUCUCUGUCCUCGUGUGGUGUUCAUGAGGUAUGGGUCUCGCUUCGGCUUCCUCCUUGCCUUCGCGUCGUGUAUUCUGAGUUUCCUUACCACUGCCGCGGCCAUCGGCCAAUGGAUGCUCUACCGUGAGACCCAAGAGCCGUUCCACCACCAGCCGACACCCAGACAUGACAUGUGUGGCUCUUUCUGUCUAUCUGUGUGUCCACUAAUCAGUGUCGGUGGUGCUAUCGUUCUUCAUGCACGGCCUCCAAGUCAGCAGCCAAGUGGUUAGCCUCCGCACUUCGGCCAGCGAGAGGGCCUUCCAUCUUGGCCUGCUCACGCUCUCAUACGGCAUCGGCCUCGUCAUUGGAGGCCUGGCAGGCGGGUUCAUCGCCCUCGAGUUGAGAUCGAACCGGAUGGCCGCCCUCUUCUCCGUGGUGCUGAGUGGUGCCGCUCUCGUCGUGUCACAGCUGGCCAUUCCCGCCAUCGUCCCGACAAGUGGCGAGCGCUACGAGACGGCCACGGAGAUCUUUGGGAGGGCGGCUUUGCUGCUCAAGGACACACUCAAGCACACGAAGAGCAGCCUGCUGCUGCUGUUCUUCGUGAGGACACAGAGAGACCUCUGCAUGGACGUCUGUGUGGCCACAUGGACGUAUCGCUGCCUGACUGACAUGUGUGCAGGGCAUGUUCCCGGUGGUGUUGGCCCGAAUGACAUUCGCGCCAGCAGCGGUUGAGUUGUAUCACCUCAACCAAAUCCAGACAGGGGAAGUCACCAGGUGGGUGGAGUGAGUGGAGGAAGGAAACACAGAUAGACAGACAGACAGAUGGGAUGGAUGCUGUCCUGUCCACGUCUAUCUACCUAUCUAUGUGUGUGUGUAGCUUCAUCGGUGGCAUCAUGACAUUUGCCGAAGGAGUGGUGGCGCCAGGCGUCUUCCUCUUCUUCACAGAAGUGACGGCCCUGCGGUGGUCGUUUGUCAUCCAGGCAACACACACAGAGACACCAGAGAGGGUGUCUGUGUGUGUCUGUGUGCCUCAAUCAGUUCCUCGGCUUUGCCAUUGUGACAUCGCUGGUGAAUCCGAGUGAGACGGCCACGCUGUUUGCGCUCAUAAUCUUUUUUUUUUUGGGGGGGGGGAAAACUGUCAUUAACCGUAACACUCGUCAUCCCAUUCAUCGCAGGUAAGCAGCGAGAUAGGCAGACAGACAGACAGACAGAUGGCCCGCACCCAUUCAUUCAUGUCAAUGGUUGUCAGGUGCUCUCAAUUUCGUGGCCAUCAUGAGUCUGAUGACGACACGCGUGACGGAGAACGAGGUGGCCACCGUGAUUGGCCUCAACGACGCGUCCUUCACCCUCCUCAACACGAUAUGUCCUUCUUUGGGCCUCUGGCUCUACUCCAUCGCCGGCCUCCAUGCCGUCUUCCUCCUCUGCCUCGUCUGGUAUGUGCGCCAGCCGAAGGAAGGCUUCACUGGAUGUGUGUGCGUUGUGUGUGUGUGUGUGUGUGCGGCAUUGAUAGGUCUGGUGUUGUCGCCGUCGUGUUCGGCGUGCCGUCAGCCCUCUACCCCAAGUCCUACCCCCUGCUCUCGGCGCUCGACGCACACCCACCAGAAUAAACACACAGACAAACCCGACAAAAGAGAGAGAGAGAGAGAGAGAGAGACAUUGACGGAAAUACGUGACAC